CCGUUGACGUGACGAGGAAAUACUGUCGUGCUGCUCGAAUAUUGCGAACUGCUCCUCCCGCUCUUCACAUUUCUUUGCUGUAUUUUGGAUUCUUGAGAGGCCGCUUCGAAAAUGUAUGCCUGAUGUCAAAUUUGACGAUAAUUUUUACAUUGAUAUGGGGAAGCUCUUUCACCCAAAUUUUUUUUUUUUUUGCACAAAAGUGUCACGAUGGUCGGUGUGUUGGUUUCCUUCCCGCCAAAAAGAAAGCGCUGUGACCAUUUCGGGAUAAAGAUGUAAAGGCGUUAUGACAGACUCGCCGUGGAGGUUGCGCCGUCGAGUGGAAGGUCCCGUCGGUUGGCAUUCCUCGCUCGCGACACGGGCUACUUCCUGCUUGAGCUGAGCGAUGACAAGCGCUAACUUUGUUCGCAAAAGGGAAAGCACUGGAAUAAAAGCCGUCGCUUUUAUGCGACACUGGCCACCGCGGUUUAGUUUUCGGUCCGCUGUGCGUGUGAAUCCUUUUGCUAUCGUGAUCUGCGGUCUCCUCGUUUCCAGCCGUAGGUUCUCCGGGAGGCCGCGUCCUCUGCGAGGACCAGUUCAGCUGCUCCAUCUGCCUGGAAGUGUUUGUGGAGCCCGUGUCCACGCCAUGCGGCCACAGCUUCUGCAAGGCCUGCCUGCAGGGCUACUGGAACCACAGCAAGAAGUUCCUGUGCCCCAUGUGCAAGAAGAGCUACAGCAGGAAGCCCGAGAUGAGCGUCAACAGGGUCCUGGCGGAGAUCUCCUCGCAGUUCCAGGGACUGGCGAUGGCCGAGGGGCCCGGGGCCUCCUCGCGUGGGUCUUCGCUUAAUCUGACCCCGGAACCGGGCUCCCCGCGGCCCGAUCCCGGCGAGUUCGCUCGGGACGGGGAAGUUCCAUGCGACGCUUGUAUCGGGAGGAAGUUGAGGGCCCACAAGUCGUGCGUCAAUUGUCCCGGGUCCUUCUGUGAAACGCACCUCAGACAUCACAAAAAGGUCAAAUCUCUCACAUCUCAUCGCCUUAUCGAGCCCACCUUCCACCUGGAAGACAAAAUCUGCAAGAAGCACGAGCGUCUUCUGGAGGUUUACUGCCGCACCGACCACACCUGCAUCUGCACGGCCUGCGCCGAGACCGUGCACAAGUCCCACGACGUGGUCUCCAGCGACCACGAGUGGAAGAAGAAGAUGACCAACCUGGGAAAGAAACGGUCUGAGCUGAGGAACCUUAUUAAGGAGCGAGCCAAAAAGCUGGAGGAACUCAAGCAAUCCAUUAAAGUCAUCAAGACCAGCGCCCAGAAGGAGCUGGAGGAGAGCUGGCAGGUGUUUGCCGAACUGCAGCGCCUGGUGGAGCAAAGCCAGGCCGAGCUCGUGGAGGUCAUCGCCACGAGGCAGCGCGACGCCGAGCGCCACGCGCAAGAGCUGGCGCGAGGCCUGGAGAACGAACUGAGUCAGCUGAGGAGGCGGAGCCAUGAGUUGGAUACUCAGGCCCAGAACAAGGACAAAGUAGUCUUCCUGCAGCACUUGGCCGCCUUGCCCCCCCUCCCCGAGCCCACCGACUGGUCGGCGGUGAGCAUCAAUACGGACCUCUACCUGGGGACCAUCCGCUCGUCCGUAAGCGGCCUCGUCGACAAGUUUCAGGAGGAGCUCAAGAGGCUGUAUGGCAAAGAACUCCGCAAGGUCCAGAACUACGCCAGUGAGGUCAUCCUGGACCCGGCCACCGCCCAGAAGCACCUGGCGCUGUCCGACGACGGCCGCCAGGUCAGGUACGAAGAACGCAAGACCGCGCACUCCGAGGGGCCAAAGCGUUUCAGCCCGGCCCUCUUUGUCCUGGGUCGAGAGGCUCUGAGCUCAGGACGCCACUACUGGGAGGUGGACGUGGCCCGCAAGACGGCCUGGACUCUCGGGGUGGCCAGCGCUUCGGCUCGACGCAAGGGUGAGAUCAAGCUGAGUCCCGCCGGCGGCUACUGGUGCUUGUGGCUGAAGAACGGCCAGGUGAAAGCGCUGGCUUCGUCCCGCUUUCCUCUCACGCUACCGUCCCAGCCGGCCAAAGUGGGGAUCUUCCUGGAUUACGAAGGCGGACACGUCUCCUUCUACGACUCCAAGGCCCGCUUGCACCUCUACACCUUUGUUCACACCUUUCACGAAAGUCUGUACCCCAUCUUCAGCCCUUGCCUGAGCCAGGAGGGCAAGAACACGUCCCCUCUUGCCAUCACACCUGUCAAAAACACCUGACUCUGACCAGAGGGGCAAAGGUUCCAGAAAGUUUUUGAGGAUUUUCAAACUACUCCAAAUUGUCCAGGAUUAAUGCCAAAAUAUUUUCCCUUAGUGAAUUUCAGUUCCUUAUUAAGAGCCAUCUUGGAACUUUUUCGAUUCCUUUUGAUUUCCACUGAUUCCCAUGAAAAGUUCCCACAAUUUUUCAACCCCGACUCUUCCUGUGAGCGUGUCCACUUCGGAACCCAACUGCCUCACGCACCCUGAACACAGCAUUCGUUCAACGUGAACACUGAACGCUCGGCGCCUGGGAAGGACUUUUGGAGGUCAAAGUUGACCAACUACGGGGUCAGUAUCUGAACGUAUUGACGUGUUUUAGUUGAAUAAAAAUGGCUUUAUACUAA